AUGGACAUACUCGACCGCAAGCCCUACAAUCACGCCAUCCAUACCAGCCCAUCCAACGACCUCCGUCUAGUAGAAUCAACCAUCCCCGAGAUCCAGCCCCAUGAAUGCCUCGUCCACGUCCGUGCCACCGGAAUCUGUGGCUCCGACGUACAUUUCUGGAAACAUGGCUACAUCGGCGACAUGAUAGUGAGCGGCGACAACGGCCUGGGACAUGAAAGCGCCGGCGUGGUCCUCAAAGUCGGAAAGGACGUUACCCGCUUCAAACCCAUAGCCCUAGAAUGCAGCAUCCCCUGCUCUAAACCAACCUGCUACUUCUGCCGAACAGGCCAAUACAACGCCUGCCCGGACGGGGCCUGGCUCCGCCACAUCCCAGACACCAUCUCCUUCAAAGAAGGUGCCCUCCUCGAACCCCUAACUGUUGGCCUCGCCGGAAUCGACCGCUCCGGCCUCCGUCUCGCAGACCUCCUCGUCAUCUGCGGCGCCGUCCCCCAUCGGCCUAGUGACCUUACUAGCCGCCAACGCAGCAGACGCAGAGCCAAUCGUUAUCACAGACCUAGACGAAACACGCCUAGCACAAAGGAGCUAAUUCCCCGCGUGCGACCAGUUCAAGCCAGCAGAGAUGAAACGGCCAAAGCCUUCGCGGGCAGAAUCGUUGAGACGCUAGGCCAAGAGGCGAAACUUGUUAUUGAAUGUACGGGUGUGGAAUCUAGUAUCCAUGCAGGGAUAUAUUCUACUCGUUUCGGCGGCUCCGUCUUCGUAACUGGUGUCGGGAAUGAUUUCCAGUCUUUCCCUUUCAUGCAUCUUUCGUCCCGGGAGAUCGAUCUUCGGUUUCAGUAUCGGUAUCAUGAUGUCUAUCCGAAGGCGAUUAGUCUUGUUGCUGCAGGUAUUAUUGAUUUGAAGCCGUCGGUUUCGCAUCGGUUUGCGUUGGAAGAUGGGUUUAAGGCAUUUGAGACGGCGAGUAAUCCUCCUUCGAGGGCGAUCAAGGUGCAGAUUUUGGAUGACUAG